CUAUGUGUUGGGGGGCCGUCAGACGAUCGCCAGCAUUGAUAGUGAGCGCGACAAACGAAUAACUCGAGCAAAUUCGCGAAAACGAACAACGAAACAACAAACAAAACUCAACUAACUUAAGCUAAACACAUUUCUUUUAGAGAAAAAUAAAAAACAAAUACAAAAUGCACAACAACUAAGCGAAAGACGCGCGCAAUAAUAAAUAUAUAUAAAAUAGAAAACAAAAGAAAACUAAACGGGAAAGAUUAAACGACGCCCACGCCUACACACAAAACAACACGUAGCCACUAAGCCGAGAACAACACUCAACACACACACACAUAGAGACAGAGACACAGUUCAGCAGCCACAAAGACAAAGACAGACAGCGCAACAGCCACAACAUGGAACGUCGUCAAACGUUAGACUCAUCGAUGUCUUCACUGUACUCGGCCAGCUCCUCGAAUCGCCAGCUCCAGCUACAGCCACAGUCGCACUCUCAGUCACAGACGCAGCUAGACGCCUUCAAUUAUUCAGCAACAAUGUCAUCAUCGUCGCCAACGCCAAGCCAGGCAACGACGUCCUCCUCUCUGCGUGCCACCACAAUUGGCACCGUUGUCGUACGCUGUGGACCCAUACAGCUGGUGAUAGCGCUCUUGCAAAGUCCCGAAAAGAUUUACAUCAAAGUUGUGGAGCUGGAGCCAAAAAUAACAGCGCUCGGCGACAAUCUGGACGAGUCGCUGCACAUGCAAAGGGAGCACGAUGAGACGCUGCGUAAUCUACAGAACCUGCCUGGGCCCAUGGAUGAGUUCGUGCAGAAGGCCGACAAAUUGCUGGCCAGCAAACGCAUCAGCUCGGAGCUAGUCAAUGCCAUGGCCGACACACUGAACAUCAUUUGGCAGGAUAUACUGAAUCUGCUGCAGGAUCGCCAGCACAUUUUGCACCUGUGCACACAGUUUCACGACAAGAUGACGCAGUGCUUCAGGCGCAUGGAUCAGCUGGAGGGGGCUUGCAACGAGGCGCCGCUGCCCGCCGAGGUGGCUGGCGUUCAGGAGUUCCUCAACAAAUUUAAACAGCUGCGCAUCGACAUGCUGACCGGCGUAAUGGCGGCGCUACAGGAUGGCAACGAGCUGCUGUCCCAGCUGCAGGAGUUGGAGAAGCUCGAGACACUGGACACACGACCGGAGCACAUCAAACGCGAUGCAACUCGAGCUGUGCAUCAGGUGCAGCAGUGGCUGGAAGCGUUGCACGAUCGUCGCAACUCCCUGGAGCUGGCCUGGCAGACGCGCAAGGCACAGCUGGAACAGUGUCUGGCCCUAAAGCUGCUUGGCCGCGAGCUAAUCGAGCUGGAGGCAGCACUGCAGCAGGCCAAGCACGAGCUGAACACAAUGUACAGCCUGGGCGAGUGCGAGCACACGGCCAAUCAGACGCUGCUCAAGUAUCGGGAGUGGAAGCAGCAGGCGCUGCUGCUGCGCGAUCGUGCUCUCAAGAUUACGCGCGCCAAGGAGAAGGUUCAGGCGCCGGGCUACUUUGCUGGCGAUGAGGAUUGCGCUCGUGCCUAUGCUGUGCUCAGCAUCUGCACAGAGCACCUAGAUUUGGUGGAUCAGCGUGAGCAUUGGCUGCAACAGUCACGCGACUUCUUUGCCAAAGCGGAGCAUACGCUGAGCGUGCUGGAGAAGCUGGAACUGGAGCUGGCCAGCGUCAAGCUGCCGCCCAAUUCACCCGAAAGCUAUGCCAUGUUCGCCAAGGUGUCGCGAGACGUGCGCACUUUCACCGAGGAGCCGCUGCGGCUGGGCUAUGGCAUACUGGACGAGGUGGGACGCACACAGCCCGAGACACAGGGCAUCAAACGUGUGCUGGACGAGCUGGAGAACCGCAAGGCGUACAUCGAGGGCAUCUGUGCGAACAGCAGCGAGGAUCAUCAGCGAGUGCAACGAGCUCUAACCGAGUUUCUCUCGCAACACAACGAGCUGCUCGCUUGGCUGCGUGCCUCUGGUCAGCUGCAGCUGCAGCAGAGCGUGAAUAUGGGUCGCAAUCUGCAUCAGGCCAAACAGUUUCUGCUGCAGCAUCAUGAGCUAAUGCAGGAUCUGGAGGUAAGCAAAAUGAGCAACUCGUAGUGGACUUUACUUACCCUUACCCUUACGCUCACACAGAUUAAGGGCGAGCUGAUCAAUCUGCUGCUGGAGUCCAUUAAGCAGCAUCUAGAGUCGCUGAGCCCGCAGCAGCGCUUCGAUGUGGACUCCAAGGCCGAGGCAUUGCACAAGCACUGGAUUGAGCUGAAGGAUCUGGUGCUGAAGCGCGUCGACUACGUGUCGCUGCUCAUCGAGUUCUUCGAGCAGGCCAACGAGCUCUCUAGUCAGUUCGAUCAUUUGCAGCGCCAGCUACUGCAAACGCCCGACGAGCACAAGCUGCAGUUCCUACAGGCCACAUGGGCCAACAUUGCCGCCAGCUACGCGGAACUCAAGUCAUCCGGCCAGCGAUUCAUCAGCCUAAAAAUUGUGGAUCCAUAUCUCGAGACGAAGCCCUCAGUGCAGGCAGUGGAGGAGACGCUGAACGGCUUCAGUAAGCGGCAAGUCGACGUGACGAGCAGUCUGGAAAAUUGGACAACGACCAUUGCGGAAAAGCGCGAAGUAGAAUAUCUGCUAGAGAAAGUCAUGAGUGACAACGAGGAGACUGUGGCCAAGAGCACGCAGGUGGACACACAGCUGUAUCCGGUGUUCAGCACAUCCAGCUUGGACUCCAAGCAGCUGCUGACGAGCACACGCGAGAAGCUCAGCUAUGUGACACAGGACAUAGAGCGCGCCCAGGAGGAGAUACAGCAGCGCAUACAGACGACGCUGAGCAUACAGACCAAGGAUCAGCAAUCGCUGACCAAGAUCGAGCAGGUGAUCAACAAUUUGCGCAUGCUGAAGGCGAAAUUGGAUGGCAUCAAGUACGACUAUCGCACGCUGCUGGAGAGCGUGCUGCAGUUCCUCGAGAACAUCGUGCAGCUGCGCCGAGAGAUCGAUGGGUAUUUUGCCAAACAGCAGUCGAGCGCGACGGGCCCAUCUUCGGGCGUGGAGCGCACCAUAGCCGAGCAUGAGAAAUUCCGCGAUCAGUGCAUGGAUAAAUUUAGAUCGUUAAUCACACAAUCCGAACUGCUGAUCGAUCGUGUGCGCGUAUUGGAGCCACCGGGCGCUCGCGAAAUCGACACUGAUCGCAUUUUGAAGUUGUUGGAGAAUUUGCGCAUUCACUUCGAGUCGAAUAGCAGCGCCACAAUGUCCACUCUGGAGCGUCUCGAGAAGAUCGAGCAGUUUCGCAGCGACCUGGAGGAUAUCGAUCGCAGUCUGGACAGCGUCAGCAAGCAGCUGCACGAUAUUAAUGGCCAGAGUGUGGAUAGUCUAGCAGCUGCCAAGACUACAUCGCUGGCAUUCGAAUACUUUGAACGUACCAUAGAGCUGCUCGAGAAGCGCAUCGAGAAGUUUACAGAGACCACGAGCCAGCAGCUGUUCAUUAGCAAUCCCGAGAGCGAAGCGUAUGUGAAGGACGAGCUGCGCAAGCUCAACGAUAAAUGGCAGAGCUUCAAGGAUCAAGUGAAGCAGAAACGAAAGAGCCUCAAUCAGGCUAACGAGUUCUUCGAGGUGGUCGAGAAGAUCGAUGCGGAGUACCGCGAGAUCAGCUACUUCUACAACAGCGUCUCCAAUAAGGUGCCCUAUUUACGCGAUGCCGUCGAAGCCUCGAAUCUGGUAAAUGACAUUGAGAAAUAUGUGACCACUCGAGAGCCAGCGCUGCGCUCCAAGCUGGACAGCGCUUCGCAGUGUGCGCACGACAUGAACAAGGUCUCAACGCUCUACAACGACGUGAUGAAUAUUUUCCAAUCGUUUAUCAAACUGAAGACGGACAUCAACACGGUGCAGGAGCGUCUGAGCCAGGAACAGCGUCAGCGUGACCAACGGGAGCGCGAGGCACGCGCUCAGGCCGAGCGAGAGAAGGCGAUUCGUGAGGCAGAGGCCAGAGAGCGUGUGGCACGCGAGGAGCAAGCGCGUCUGGAGGCGCAACGUCAGCAGGCUGCCAUUGAGCAGGCGCAGCGCGAGCUGGCGGCCAGACAAUUAUCGCUGCGCGAGCAGGCGGUGCGGGAGGAAGAGGCGCGUCUGCAGGCCGUGCGCGAACAGGCGGCCAGGGAGCAGUUGGCCCGAGAGCAGGCUGCGCGCGAGGAGGAGCAGCGCAUACAAACGCUGCGUGACAUAGCCAAGCGUGAGGAGGAGCUGCGCAUGCAGGCGCUGCGCGAUGAGGAGGCGCGUCUGCAUAUAAAACGCGAGGAAGAGUUGAGAAUAAAGCGUGAAGAGGAGAUCCGGCUAAGGCGCGAAGAGGAGACUAGGCUGCAGCGCGAAGAGGAGGCCAGGCAAAAGCGCGAGAAUGAAUUGCGCAUACAGCGCGAGGAAAUAACGCGCCUGCAAACGCUGCGCGAUCAGGUCGAUCAGCAGCGCACCGUCACGGAGAACAUACGCAAAGACAUUCAGGUGAACCAGAUUUUCACGGAGCUGCGCUACGCCUCGCCGCUGUUCGUGCGCCCACUGAAGGAUGCGUUGACCCGCGAGGGCGAACGCUUCGUAUUCGAAUGCGAGGUCACGGGCACACCAGAGCCCAGCGUCGAGUGGUUCAAGGACGGCAUCAGCAUUCAAAGCAAUGCGGAUUACAAGACCAGCUUCGACAAGGGCAUUUGCCGAUUGGUCAUAGAGGAGACCUUUGCCGCGGACACGGCACGCUUCAGCUGCCGCGCCUCCAAUCUUGUGGGCACCUGCGACACCAAUGCCACGUUGACGGUACGCGAGAAUGCCGCCGAGCUGCAGCUGGUGCCGCCGCGCAUCCUGCGCUUCCUGGAGAGCGGCAAGGCCACCGAAGGCACCGCCUUCCAGUUCUCGUGCGUGGUCAGCGGUGUGCCGCUACCCACCGUGCAGUGGUUCAAGAACGACAAAUGCAUCGACGACUCGCCGGACUAUGUGAUCAGCUAUAACAAUGGCGAGGCCAUGCUGCGCUUCGACGAGGUGUUCCUCGAGGAUGAUGCCGUCUACACCUGUAGCGCCUCGAAUCCCGCUGGCAUAGAACACUGCUCGGCUAGUUUGAUUGUUGAACCAUUAGAACCCACUGAGCUGCCCUGCUUCAAGAUGCCGCUCCAGAACGCAAUGGCGCGUGUUGGACAGAAAAUCAAGAUGGAGGCCUUGGUCACCGGAAUACCGCAGCCCGAAAUCUGCUGGCUACACAAUGGCAAACCAUUUCAGCCACGCGACUCAAAAUACGAAAACGGACGCGUUACGCUUACAAUACCGCAAGCUUAUCCAAACGACGCCGGAUCCUACGUGUUGAGUGCUAAGAACUUGGCUGGCGAAGCUUACAGCAGUUGCAACAUUAUUGUCAAGGGUCGUCUGCCAAACGAGACGUCCGAUUCUGAGAUGGCUAGCGACAUCGAGCCCAUCCGUCCGGCGGUGCAUAUUCCGCUGAAGGACGUCUUCAUAUUCGAGGGCAAGCCAGUGCGCUUGGACUGUGUGAUUGUGGGCCAGCCCGAGCCGGAGGUCAUUUGGUAUCACAAUGAGCGACCCGUGAAGGAGUCGGCUGAUGUGCAGCUGCUAUUCCAGGGCGAUCGGUGCUCGCUGUUCAUACAGGAGGUCUGCCAAGAGGAUGGCGGCAACUAUAAGGUGGUUGCCAUCAAUUCAGCGGGCGAGGCUUCGAGCAGUUGUGAUCUGAAGGUGACUUCGCUGAACGCGGAGGCAGCAUCUAGAGUGCAGCUUGAUCGGCAAUCUGUGCCCAAGGAGUCGCAGCCCAAAUUCGAGCGUUUGCUCUCCGAUGUGCUGACCGAUGAGGGCGAGCAGGUGGUGCUAGAGGUGCACGCCAACGGCGAUCAACCAUUGAAAGCUCAGUGGUAUCUGGCCAACAAGGAGCUGCAGCUGAACGAACGCGUCACCACGCAGUCCGAUGCCGAGGCUGGCAUAUUCAAGCUCAUACUGAACAACGUGGCUGCCAGCGACAAAGGCGUCUACACGGUCAAGGUCUCGAACAAUGCGGGCGAUGCCAAAUGCUUCUCUCAUCUAAUUGUCAAGUCAGUGAAUGCCCCUGAGAAUCGUCGCAGCAGUCAAUCAUCUGUGGAGAUCGUCGAGCGACAGCUGUGCCCCGAGUUCAAAGAGCUCUUCAGUGACAAGCAGGCCCACAUCGACGAUGUGGUCAAGUUCGAGUGUAUUGUGGUGGGCAAGCCAACCCCCAAGGUGCAUUGGUUUUUCAAUGAUCAGCCGGUGCACGGUCACAAUUUCCUCGUCUCCACCAGCGGCGAUCGUCAGGUGUUGACGAUUCAGCAGUUAACGCACGAUGCCGUAGGCAAGAUCAGCUGCACCGCCGAGAACGACGCAGGCAAAGCAACUUGUGUGGCCUUCCUGAAUAUCAUUGGCAGCAGCCCAGUGCCAGCCUCUAGUAAUUUGCAGACCAUGACACAGGAGCACAAUACCGAAUCAUCGCGUGUCACCAUCAAGAAGCAAACCUUCACCACUACCUCCACGUCGCAGGUCAACUCGUAUGAAGGCAACGCGCCACAGACAGAGGUACAUCAUUCCUCGGCGCACAUUGAUCAGUCGCUGAAGCAGCUGGGACAACAGCGGCCCGAGAUUGUUGAGAGCCAUCACUACCAGGAGCUGCACAAGAGCAAAGGAAUGAGCAGCCCCGCGGUGCAACAGAAGUCCUUUACGCUGGUUCAGUCCACCAAUGGAGCUGCAUCAGUGCCAGCAAUUGGUAUGCCCGAGUCGCCAACGAGGCUGCGCAGGGAGAUAGCGCCACGUUUCACCACACCACUAACGGGCAAGAUUGUGGAUCAGGGCGCCAACGUGAGCAUGGAGGCCAUCUAUGACAGCUAUCCCUCGCCCGAGAUCAAGGUGGAGAAAAAUGGCGAUCAACUGUUCGAUACUCCGCACACCAAGAUAUCCAACAAAAACAAUCGCGUGACUAUUGAACUAAAGGACGUGAGCGUGGCCGAUGCUGGACGAUAUGCGGUGACAGCCUCGAACGCGGCGGGUCAGUCAACAAGCACAGCGGAUCUGGUGGUGAAAAAGACCAUCUUUCCGCCAGUCUUCGGUCGUCGUUUGCAGGCGCAGGUUAGCAGAAAGGGUGAGCGAUUGAUUAUGGAGGUAGAAGUGACUGGACUGCCAGAUCCUACUGUCACCUGGCUAAAGGAUGACAUACCACUCCAGGAUGCUGGCAUCUCUGAGCAUCGCCUGCUUGCCCAGGGCAACUCGUACAAGCUGAUCAUCGAGAAAGCACAUACAACGGACUCUGGCAAGUAUAUGGUGAGAGCAACGAAUGCUGGCGGCGAGGCCAAGAGCAUUGCGGACUGCGUCAUAUUGGAGCCAUCGCCAGAACGCAUGCAGGAGGUGGUCAAGACCAUCGUCUAUGAGGCGCCAGCCAGUGAAUUCAAAACUGAAAGCCACUUCAACAAAGAGCCCCAAUCCUAUCAGACCAAUCAAACCGAUGAAACCACUGCCAACGAUCUGCAUGGCCUGUCCGAGUCGAAAGUAAUCACUGAGCAUCGUUGCACCACUGAGGCAACGAUGCGUCUAGAGCACAAAUCGACAUAUCAAGACCUGCCCGAGCUGAGUCAGCGACCAAAGACACCAACCACCAACACCACCAACACCACCACCACUACCAGUACCAACAACACUGCCAGCAUGGACCAGACCGAUACACAGACCAGUUAUAAGACUGGCGUCACACAAACCCCGCCGCCAGUGCCACCCAAGCCCUGUGCGCCCGUUGUGGGCACGGCUUUUGGCCAGCAGGCGCAGGCGCAGCCACAACCACAACAACCACCGCAGAUGCAGACGCAAAUCAACACCAGAUACGAGAGCAGCAGCAACGAACACAAAAUGUCCUCAUCCUUUGAGUACUUCAAGAAGAUCGAUGAGGAAACCGUGACACAACGACCCAAACCACAGGCGCAACGGCCCCUAGAGACGGUGGUGCGUCAGCCGCAAGCGCAAACGCUGGCCGAGGAGCUGAGAAGCUUGAAUCUUAUACCAGGAGCACCGCCAGAAUUUUGCUAUACGCCCAAAUCGGAGAAGCAACUACCCAAGCAGCCGCUCAUCCACGAGAAAAUCAAGAUUUUGGAGGAAGUGCAGCCCAGAGAGCCACCACCACAGGGUGGUGUGCCCGUCUUUCCACCACCUCUAAAUCUGCAGAGUGUGCAGCACGAGACAACUCUCACCAAGGAGGUCAAGGUGGAGUAUGGACAGCCAAUUGUGCGCCCCGCAGCGGUGCUAGCCACGCCGGCCCAACAGAACACGCGCUCGCCGUCGCCCAAGCCUUCGGCUGAGGGCGUGGCUAUGUCUAAGCUGUGGACUCCCAGUGGCACAGCUGGCUAUACGAGUGAUGUGGAGCAGAAGACAGAGCACCAAAUAAGCAUCACCAAGCUUCCCACGCCCACGCCCACCAAGGAGCUAAAUGCGCCCUUCCUGGUGCAGCAGGUGGCUAAGAAUAUCACGCCACCGACUCCGGCGCCAGUCACGCGCCUGGUCACCGUUGAGCUUGAGCCUGGCACUCCGCCCGAGAUUUGCUUUGCGCCCAAGCAAGAGGAAGUGCGUCGUCAUUCGUUGGUGGAGAGCAUGGAGCAGAAACUGGAACAGAAUCUCAUGCAGGGUCCCAGCAAGGUGCUGCCCCAUUCGGUGCCCACGUUGACGCCCGUCACGGCACCCAAGUCCAAUGGCACCACCAGCUACCGCCCGCCACCCCCCGUGAUGCCCAACCGCCUGGGCGCCCACUAUGAGAGUGACUACGAGAGCGAUCGCUACAAGUACAGCGGCAGCGAGUCCGACGAGCCGGGCAAUCGCGCACGCCAGCAGCAGGCCACCAUGGAGUCGUCGUUCAAGUCGAGUGGCUAUGCGGCCGAUACGGAGGAGCACUCUAGCUAUCGCAAGUCCGAGAGCAGCUUCUAUGAGACUAAAUCAUCGACAACAACAAACCCGCCUGCAGCAGCCAAGCUGCAGCCCGAGCCGCCAGCACAGCUGUACUUUGCCCCACCAGCGGCGCCACAGCAAACUAGCUACAGUCAGGAGGCGAAGAAUUACAAGUACACCUCGUCGAGCAUGACGAGCAAUAUGCAGCAGAGCAGCAGCAGCUCCACACAUCACGAGACCAAGUAUUCCUCGAAUGCCACGCCGCUGGUCACGCCCAGCCCAGUGCCGGCGCAGCGCAAGACGCCCGCUGCGGAGUUCAGCGACUACAGCAGCGAGGUGGACGAGCGUUUCCGUUCGGUAUCGCGAGCCAAUGAAUCCGACUCGGACAUCAAGGGCUAUCGCGUGGUGUUUCCACCAACUCCCACGCCGCGCACCAACAUCGCCAACGGUCACAAGUCGCCGGUGGUGGUGGUGACGCCAUCGCCCAUGGAGUUUGAGCCGAUGCCACCGCAAGUGGGCAGCUUUAGGCGUCCCAAAUUCGAGCCCAUUGGCAAGGAGAUACGCCACGAGAUCAAAACCGAGAGCAGCUCCAAGCAGUACUCGAGCAGUCAGCAGCAGCAGCAGCAACAACCGCAGCCCGUCUUCAAGCCCAAGCCGGUGGCGGCCAAGUUUAUAGCCGCCACUCAGCAGCAGCAGCAGCAGCCGCUGCCGAGCUCACGGCCGACCAUGUACUACAAUGCAGUUGCCGGGACGCCAAUGCACAUGGCUAAGGUGGCCCAUGAGACGAAGAAUGUGAUGCAGAUGCACGAGUCUACGGAGAGCUCUCAGCGUGUUGUCAACAUGCAGCAGACCAAGCGCGUCAUACACUUUGACAACCAACACCAGCAACAGCAACAGCAGCAGCAGCAGCCAGCUCAGGAGCCUUUUCCUUACAGCCCGGCGGGCAGUCGCACGCCGUCGCGUCAGUCGCAUCUGCCACCACCGGCCACGCCCACCAAGUUCAUACCUGGCGAGUAUCGGGAGAGUGACUACGAGAGCGAAGUAGAAGGCACACGCAUUCAGCCACUCUGGUCGCCGUACGGCGAUGGCCUGACCAAGGGCUACCGUCGUGUGGCAGCACCGCAGUCUGGAGGCCGCUCCUGCAGCUUGCCACGCAGUUACGAGCGCGUGCUCUCGCCCAUGGAGUUCGAUCGUGGCCCGGAGAUGCCUAGCAAGAUAUUUGUGGAUGUGAGUACACUGCGCAAGGAGCAGCGUGGCGGCAGCACUGUGACCACACAACAUCGCACGCAGUCGCUGAAUCGCAACAGCACCUUGAGGCAGCAAUUUGGCAAUCGCUUGCCGGAUGGGUCGCAGGAUCAGACAGAUCUGCAGCAGCAGCAGCAGCAGCGAUCGGGCACGUUGCCUCGUUAUGGCUACAGCACACUGCAGCAGCAGGCAGAGGGUCAGGGCAAGCGUAUGGGCUCCUCGUUCCUACAGAAGUCGCAUCAGUUCAUCGAGGAUGUCAGCAGGGACAUGCAGAGCCAGCAGAUCAGCUCGAAUGGCGGUCUGCGUCCAGGCUUUCGGCGUGCGCCAAGCGAGGGCAGCAAUCAACCGCAGGCCUACAGAGAUGAGUCGCGAGUGUCGCAAUACGUGCAACAACAUCAAGGCGGUAUCGGAGGCACCUAUGUACCGCCCUCGUUGACACACGUUUAUGCCCAAGGUGACAUCUCACCGCCUGUAUUCGAGCAAAUCUUUAAGAACGCUCGCUUCGCUCAGGGUGGCAACGCCCUGUUCGAAGGUCGGCUGCGUGGCAACCCGAAGCCAUUCGUUACAUGGACCCGAAAAGGCGCACCACUUCUCGAGUCGCAAAAGUUCCGAAUGAGCUACAACGAGGCCACCGGUGAUGUGUCCCUGCUGAUCAACCAGAUCGGACCCGGCGACGAGGGCGAGUACACGUGUACGGCUCGUAAUCAGUACGGCGAAGCUAUCUGCAGUGUCUACAUUCAACCGGAAGGCGCCCCAAUGCCUGUACUGCAGCCCAUCCAGAAUCUGGAGAAGAACAUCUACUCCAAUGGUUAUUCGUAUACGUCCAUUGAGGAGGAAUUCCGUGUGGAUACGUUUGAGUAUAGACUUUUGCGCGAAGUCUCCUUCAGGGAGGCCAUUACGCGCCGCUCUAGCUAUGAGCAGGACACUCAGCUGUCCCAUGAGCUCGACCGCUCUCUUGGCCCUGCGCACGCACCACAAAUAUCGCAGAAGCCGAGAAGCUCCAAGCUCAUCGAGGGCUCUGAUGCUGUUUUCACAGCCCGCGUGGGCUCCAAUCCGAAACCACGUCUCACCUGGUUCCACAACGGACAACGUUUGGUAGCCUCGCAAAAGUAUGAGAUCUCUUAUUCAAGUGGCGUUGCCACACUGCGCGUGAAGAACGCCAACGCCAAGGACGGCGGCCACUAUACCCUCUUGGCUGAGAAUCUGCAGGGCUGCGUCGUCUCCUCCGCUGUGCUCGCCGUCGAACCGGCAGCUGAAACUACCUAUGAGCCCAAGCCCGUGGAUAUGAUGGCUGAGCAGCUGGAAGUCGGCAAGGCUUUGCCGCCCACUUUUGUUAAGGCCUUCAAUGAACGCGAAGUCACCGAGGGACGCAUGACGCGUUUCGAUUGCCGUGUAACUGGCAAUCCCUAUCCCGAGGUAUUCUGGUUUAUCAACGGCCGCCAAGUGCGGGACGACGCUUCGCACAAGAUUCUGGUCAACGAGUCUGGCAGCCAUUCGCUGAUGAUCACGAACGUGAGCCGCUUAGAUGGCGGCUCUGUUCAAUGCUUGGCCCGCAACAAGGCUGGUGAGGUGGCCAUCGAGGCGCCGCUGCAUGUGCUGGAGAAGGAGCAAGUUGUCGCACCACAAUUUGUGCAACGCUUCAGCACGAUGACAGUGCGCGAGGGUGAGCCCAUCAGCAUGAGUGCCAACGCCAUUGGCACCCCUGUGCCGCGCAUCACCUGGCAAAAGGACGGAGUUCAAAUCUCAUCAACUGCUGAACGCUUUGUGGGCAUCGAUGGCGGCGCCACCUGCCUGGAGAUACCGCAAGUUAAGGCAACCGAUGCUGGCUGGUAUCAGUGUACCGCACAAAAUAUUGCUGGUUCUACAGCGAACCGCGCAAGACUCUAUGUCGAAGUUCCCAGAGAGCAACCAAGUCAAGAACAAAGGCGUCUUAAUCUUCCAAGACCAACGAAAGUUAUCGAGCCUGAGCCAAUCCCUGGGCCAGAAAUUAUUUAUUUGCGCCAUGUGGAACGCGCCAAACCCCAUCUGCGGCCCGGCGAGGAGGAUCGUGUUUAUCCUCCACCACAGUUCAUCAUACCACUGCAGAAUGUGCAGCAGACUGAAGGUGGUCGAGUUCACAUGGAGGCGCGCAUCGAACCCGUCGGCGAUCCCAGCAUGGUCGUUGAAUGGUAUCUCAAUGGUCGUCCACUAGCAGCUAGUGCACGCGCCACGUCUGUCUUCAAGUUUGGCUUCAUUGCUCUGGACUUACUGAGCAUCAUGGGCCAUGAUUCUGGAGAAUAUAUGUGCCGCGUUAGCAAUGCCAGCGGCGUGGCAGAGUCGCGCGCCAUUUUGUCGGUCGUGCAGCGACCUUCCAUUGAGCAAUCGUCGCAGAAUCCGAACAGCUUGCAGUAUAUCAAUCAGCUGGAGGAUUACUCCCGCUAUCAGCGCCAGGAGAGCUCAGAGGAGUUGAUGAAUCAAGCUCCACAAUUCAUACGUCCAUUGCGCGAUCUUGGUGAAUUCGAAGAGGGCAAGAAUGUGCACUUCGAGGCACAAGUGACGCCCGUGAAUGAUCCCAGCAUGCGUGUGGAGUGGUACAAGGAUGGCUUGCCAAUCACCGCCAGCUCGCGUAUCACGGCUAUAUUCAACUUCGGCUAUGUCUCCCUAAACAUAUUGCACCUACGCGCCGAAGAUGCCGGCAACUACACCGUCCGUGCCGUUAAUCGCAUUGGCGAGGCCAUCAGCCAGUCCACCAUACGCGUGCACUCGCGCUCCCAGGUCACCGCCGAUCUGGGCAUACCCGAACAGCAGCGUUACAUUGAGAAGGUUGAGGAAUUGGAAGACUAUCGCAAGUCUCAGCAGCGUCGCCAUGUCCAGGAGGCGCCUGAGGCCAUUGCACCUCCCCAAUUCAAGACACCAAUCCAGAACCAACUGGAUCUGCGUGAGCACGCGCAUGCGCACUUCGAGGCGCGCCUGGAACCCAUUGGCGAUGCUACCAUGCGCGUGGAGUGGCUCAAGGAUGGGCAACCGCUGGAGGCCAGCUCACGCAUCACAACUUAUCACAACUUUGGCUACGUCGCGCUGACCAUCAAACAGAUUACCGUCUACGAUGCCGGCACCUACAUCUGCCGCGCCUACAAUGCCAUGGGUCAAGAUACAACCACGGCCCAGUUGACGGUCGUAUCGAAGAACGAGAUCGUCUCGGACACGCAGCAUCCGGGUGGUCUGCAAAAGAUUCAACAUCUGGAGGACUCCUCGCGUUAUGGUCGCCGCGAAGAAGAAGAAACGUCCAUAACACAGGCACCGCGUUUCCUGGGCCCUCUCAAGGGAACCACCAAGAUCUUGGAGGGUCAACGUGCCCACUUUGAAGCCCGUGUCGAGCCACAGAGCGAUCUGGGCAUGCGCAUCGAAUGGUAUCAUAAUGGACGCGCCAUCACCGCCGCCAAUCGCAUCCAGAUGUACUACGAUUUCGGCUACGUUGCCCUGGAUAUUUCCCAGGUGCGCGCUGAAGAUGCUGGCAUCUACACUGUGGUGGCUAGAAACAAGCUAGGUGAAGCUCAGUUGCAAGCAACGAUGGUAGUGGAAACUCGUUCCAACAUCGACACAUCUAGCAUGCAUCGCGGCCUAUAUGAAAAAACCCAGAACCUGGAGAAUAAGCAAUUCGUAGAGCCUCAGUAUGAUAUUGAGGAGAUCUCCAAGUCAAAGCCCGUCUUUGUGCAGCCUCUGACCGACCCCAAGCCCAUACACGAUGGCAAGAAUAUUCAUCUGGAGUGCCGUCUGGAACCCAUGGGUGAUCCUACUAUGCGCGUCGAAUGGUUCCACAACGGACGCCCCGUAACCGUUGGCUCGCGUUUCCGCACCUAUUACGAUUUUGGUUUCGUCGCCCUGGACAUCAUCCAGGCCACGGCAGCGGACUCCGGCGAGUAUACUGUGCGCGCCACCAACCAUCUGGGCACCGCUCAUACCUCUUCUUGUGUGCGUGUGAUUGAUCGCACCGAUGUGGUGACCGAAACCCAGAACGAGCAGUCGCUCGAGCAGAUUCAGCUGCUUGAGGAUUCGCGUCGUCGUCACCAUCAAGAAGAGGAUAUAACCAUUAUGCAGGCGCCUCAAUUUACACGCGCGCUGCAUAACAUCGAGACCGUUGAGGGCACCAAUGUGCACUUGGAGUGCCGCCUGCAGCCAGUGGGCGAUCCCAGCAUGCGCAUCGAGUGGUUCGUCAAUGGCAACCCGGUAAAGACGGGCCAUCGUUUCCGUCCCGCCUACGAGUUUGACUAUGUGGCGCUGGACUUGCUUGGCUGCUAUGCCAUUGACUCGGGCGUCUAUACGUGCCAAGCCCGUAACCAGCUGGGCGAGGCCGUCACCUCCUGCUCCGUGCGCAUCAUUGCUAAGAAAGAUUUGAUUCUGGAAACCCAGAACGAGUCUGGCCUGCAGAAGAUUCAAUAUCUGGAGGACACCUCGCGCUAUCGUCGCAAUGAGUUUGUGGAUGAGGUGGUCAACAUUCGCCCUCGCUUCCUAACCCAUCCGAAGAGCCUGACCAACACUCGCGAAGGCGCCCACGCCCACUUUGAGUGCAAAAUUGAACCAGUCACCGAUCCCAAUCUGAAGGUGGAAUGGUUCAAGAACGGUCGUCCCAUCACCGUGGGCCAUCGCUUCCGUCCCAUUCAUGAUUUCGGCUACGUGGCCCUAGACAUUGUUGGCCUGAUUGCUGAGGACUCCGGUGUCUACACCUGCCGCGCCGUCAACUUGAUUGGUUCCGAUGAGACUCAAGUGGAGCUGCAGUGCCGCAGUGGCGAGCAAAUUGUCACCGUCACCCAGAACGAGGCUGGUCUCGAGCAGAUUCACUAUCUAGAGGAUCGUUCGCGCUAUAGCCGCCGCGAGGAAGUCGACGAGAGCACCAAGCAGGCGCCAGUGUUCACCACCUCGCUGAAGAACAUUGAGAUCAAGGAGAAUCAACGUGCUCACUUUGAAUGCCGUUUGAUUCCCGUUUCCGAUCCAUCGAUGCGUGUGGAAUGGUACCAUAAUAAUAUGCCUCUGAAAUCGGGCUCCCGUUUCACCGAGACCAACAACUUUGGCUUCGUUGCCUUGGAUAUUAUGUCCACCCUGCCGGAAGAUGCCGGCACCUAUACGUGCCGUGCCUUCAAUGCAGUGGGUGAGGCCAUCACCUCAGCUGUAGCCGUGGUGCACACUAAGAAGUCCAUUUAUCUGGAGUCUCAGCACGAGACUGCAUUGCCGCGACUGCAGCACUUGGAGGAUGGCUCCAAACGCCAACGCGUCAGCCUACAGGACGAGUUCGUCUCGCAGGCUCCGGUCUUCACCAUGCCCGUGCGCGAUGUUCGUGUAGCCGAGAACCAGGCUGUGCACUUUGAGGCACGCCUUAUUCCCGUGGGUGAUCCAAAACUCACGGUUGAAUGGCUGCGCAACGGCCAGCCCAUUGAGGCGUCCAAUCGCACCACCACCAUGCACGAUUUUGGCUACGUGGCUCUGAACAUGAAGUACGUGAAUCCCGAGGAUUCCGGCACCUACACCUGCCGUGCAGUCAACGAGUUGGGUCAGGCUGUGACAUCAGCCUCGCUGAUUGUGCAGUCAAAGACGGCCAUUCAGUUGGAGACGCAGCACGAGGCUGCCAUGCACAAGAUUCAUCAGCUGGAGGAUCACAGCAAAUACCAGCGCCGUGAGGAGGAGGAAUAUUCCGUUACGACUGCGCCAAUGUUUGUCACCAAGCUGAUCGGACCCACCAAUCUGGUUGAGGGCCAGAGUGCCCAUUACGAGUGCCGCAUUGAACCUUAUCCAGAUCCAAACCUGAAGGUUGAGUGGUUCCACAACGGCAAGCCCUUGAGCACCGGCCAUCGCUUCCGCACCACCUACGACUUCGGAUUUGCCGCGCUCGACAUCCUCACCGUCUAUGCGGAGGACAGCGGAGAGUAUACUUGCCGCGUCACCAACAAUCUGGGCGAGGCCGUUAACUCGAUUGCACUCAAUGUUACUUCCCGUUCGUCGAUUAUUCAUGACACCCAGCAUGAGGAGGCGCUGCAUAAGAUUCAGCAUCUGGAGGACGCCUCGCGCUUCCAGCGCAAAGCCGAAGAGGAUCAGUUCCACGCUGAGCGUCCGCAGUUCGGACGCCCACUGCGUAAUGCCAAGGUCAACGAAGGCACACCUGUGCAUCUGGAGGCAACUCUGAUCCCAGUUAAUGAUCCCACAAUGAAGGUCGAGUGGUACUGCAAUGGCAGACCUAUCCAAACGGGUCACCGUUUCAAGACCACCUACGAUUUCGGUUUUGUUGCCUUGGACAUCCUGUAUGCCCACGCCGAGGAUACCGGCACCUACAUGUGCAAGGCCAAGAAUGCUGUUGGGGAAGCUGUCACGACUUGUGCUGUAAACGUAACAGCAAACAAGACACUGGAUCUGGAUACACUCGAUGCCCAGCGGCUGGAGAAGAUUCGCCAGCUUGAGAGUUAUGCGCCACCCACAAAGGCCGAGGUGGAGGAGAAGGGACAGAAACCAAUCUUCCUUACCCCACUUAGCAAUCUGGAGCAUCUGAAGGAGGGUGAGCACGCACACUUGGAGUGUCGCGUUGAGCCCAUCAACGAUGCCAAUCUGAAGAUCGAAUGGUUCUGCAAUGGCAAGCAAUUGCCCACUGGACAUCGUUAUCGCACCACCCAUGACUUCGGCUACGUGGCCCUGGACAUUUUGUAUGUUUAUGGCGAAGACACUGGCACCUACAUGUGCAAGGCUACCAAUCUCCUGGGCGAAGCAGUGAACACCUGCAAUGUCCGCGUGCUUAACAGACGCAGCAUGAUUCUGGAUACCCAGCAUCCGGAUGCCUUGGAGAAGAUUCAGAAGUUGGAGUCCAAGGUAGUCACCACCCGCACUGAAGUCGGCGAUCAUCCAAUUGGACCGCCACACUUCACUGCCGAACUGCGUGGCUCUACUGAGAUCUACGAGGGACAAACGGCCCACUUUGAGGCGCAGGUGGCGCCAGUGCAUGAUCCCAACUUGCGCAUCGAGUUCUAUCAUAAUGGCAAGCCUCUGCCAUCGGCUGCCCGCUUCCACAUCACCUUUGACUUCGGCUACGUGUCCCUGGACAUUACCCAUGCCGUGGCUGAAGAUGCUGGCGAAUAUUCCGUGCGUGCUGUAAACGCUUUGGGUCAAGCCGUCUCUUCAACCAAUCUGCGCGUGAUUGCCCGCGGCACCAUUAUUUCGGACACACAGCAUCCUGAGGGCCUGGAGAAGAUACGCAAAUUGGAAUCUACGGCACCGCACCAGCGCCAGGAGGUGGAAACACCGGGCACACGCCAGCGACCAGUGUUCACCCAGCCGCUUCAAAAUAUUGAUCGCAUCAAUGAGCACCAGACAGCUCACUUUGAGGCGCGUCUGAUCCCAGUGGGUGAUCCCAACUUGAAGGUCGAAUGGUACCGCAAUGAGAAGUUGAUCGAGGACAGUUCCCGCAUCACCAAGCAACACGACUUUGGCUUUGUUUCGCUUGAUAUAUCGCACAUCCGCAAGGAGGAUGAGGGCGUUUACAUGUGCCGCGCUGUCAAUCCUCUCGGAGAGGCCGUUACCACCGCUUCCAUGCGAGUAGUUACUGAGGCCACCAUCCAAAUGGAUACUCAGCAUCCGGACAGCAUUCGUCGUAUACAUCAGCUGGAAAAGCCUCUGGCUCCACUUCCCACCGAACCUGAGCGCCUCUUCGAAAAGCCCAUCUUUACGCAGCUGCUUACGGGACCCUCCGAGGUAUGGGAGGGUGCUCACGCUCACUUUGAGGCACGUGUGGUACCUGUGGGCGAUCCCUCACUUAAGUUCGAGUGGUUCGUUAACGGCGUUGAGCUGCAAAUGGGCUCACGUCUGCGCACCACACACGACUUUGGCUUUGUCACGCUCGACAUCGCCGCUGUGGUGCCUGAAGACGCUGGUGUCUACAUGUGUCGUGCUUACAAUGCUGCUGGCGAGGCUGUGUCCUCUACGGCCAUGAAGGUGAAGACCAGAGCCAAUAUUGAUGGACAGCCCUUGAUACCCGAGUCCUGGGAGGCCAUUCGUCUGAAGGAGGCCGCUAUGAACCGUGUGCCCGAAAUGUUUGUGGACUCUACUCCUCAGCAAGCGCCAGUGUUCACUACGCACUUGCAGAGCUACGACAAAUUGCACGAGGGUCAACAUGUGCAUCUGGAGGCUCAGGUGGAGCCACGCGCUGAUCCUAAUCUGCGCAUCGAAUGGUUCAAGAAUGGCAUCUCACUGACCACUGGCUCACGCAUACGCAGCACCUUUGACUUUGGACUAGUGACCUUGUCCAUCAAUGGCUUGCGCGAGGAUGACUCCGCUAUUUACACCUGCAAGGCAACCAACCAGGUGGGCGAGGCUGUGUCGACUUCAUCACUCAAGAUCGAAGAUCGUCCUUGGCUACAUGCGGAGUCCCUGCAUCCGGACUCACUGCCACGCAUUGGCGAACUGGAGGCACCUAAGGAAGGCCGUAAAGAUGCACCUGAGCCCACUUAUGAGACUCCUGUGUUUAUCACACAUCUGAACAACAUUGAGUGCAAGGAAACGGACAGCGUGCGCUUUGAGUGCAACGUGGAGCCAGCGCGUGAUCCAACCAUGAAUAUUGAAUGGUUCUACAAUGGACAAUUGUUGCAGGCAGCUGCCAAAUUCAAGUCUAUCUAUGACUUUGGCUACUGUGCUCUGGAUCUGAACAAUUCGUAUGCAGAGAACAGCGGCAUCUACACUUGCAAGGCCACAAACAGCAAGGGCUCGGCCACUACUUCUGGCACUCUGAAAUGCACAGGCGGCAAGACCAUGUUCUUCGACACUCAGCAUCCACAGGGUGAGAGCGGCCUUGAAGCCGUGCAGGAGACGGAAGAAGCAUUGGCCAAUCGCUAUGCCCAGAAACCAAGCAAACCUGAAACUCAAUACCCACCGCCGGUAUGGACCAAGCCAUUGCAGCAAGAGUUCCAUCUAAGUGAGGCGCAGCCCAUCCAUUUGGAAGCCAACGUGGAACCGAAAGAGGAUCCAAAUCUGUUCAUCGAAUGGUAUUUCAACGGCAAGCUGCUGCAGCAUGGCUCACGCUUCAAGAUGACCAGCGAAUUCGGAUUCGUCACUAUGGACAUGAUUGAGGUGUACUCCAGAGAUCAGGGCAUCUACACUUGCAAGGCCUACAACAAGGCUGGCGAGGCGUUCACAUCCACCACUAUUUUCUGCUCAAGCAAGGACAGCAUCAUUGAAUCCACGCAGCAUCCCAAGGGUGCCGAGGGUCUGGAGCAAAUUCAGGAUUUGGAGGAUUCUCUACGCAAGGAUGGCAGCAAGCCUGAGCAGCCAGAACAGGGCAUUGCACCACGCUUCACCACCGAAUUCGUUAACAUUGUAGACAUUGGCGAAGGUGAGUUGGCCCAUUACGAAGCCAAUCUCAUUCCUCUGGGCGAUCAGAGCAUGGUCAUUGAAUGGUUCUUCAAUGGCAAAGUUCUUGAGGCCAGCCAUCGCGUGCGCACCAUCUACGCCUUUGGCACCGUCGCUCUGGAAGUGCUGGGCACCAAGAUCGAAGACACCGGCACCUACACCUGCCGUGCCACAAACAAAUAUGGCUCGGCUGAGAUCAGCUGCACAUUGGAGUGUGUUGAGAAGCCUCGAGGCCAGAAGCCUCACUUCACGUCGCACAUUCAGCCGCUGCAGGGCCUGAAGGAUGGCCAAUCUGCUCACUUUGAGUGCACCUUGAUUCCGGUUAACGAUCCGGACCUCAAGGUUGAGUGGUACCAUAAUGGCAAACUGCUCCGUCACUCAAAUCGCAUCAAGACGGUCUCCGACUUUGGCUAUGUGGUCCUGGAUAUUGCCUACCUGCAGGAUCACGACAGUGGCGAGUACGUUUGCCGCGCCUACAACAAGUAUGGCGAGGACUUCACUCGCACCACUCUGAACUGUGGUGGACGCGGUGGCGUAUUCUAUGACAGCUUGCAGCCUGAUUCUCUACAGAGGAUUCGGGAGCUGGAAUGCCCGCAAGGACAGCAAGCGGAUACCGGCGCUCCAGUGGUUGCCGAACCACCCAAAUUUAUCACACAAAUCAGCGAUGUUACCAAGUUGGUGGAAGGCCAGAGCGCUCACUUUGAGGCCCGCCUGACGCCCAUUACCGAUCCCGACUUGGUGGUCGAAUGGUAUUUCAAUGGCAAGAAGCUGCCACAUGGCCAUCGCUUCCGCACUUUCCACGACUUUGGCAUUGUCAUCUUGGAUAUCCUGUAUUGUUAUGAGGAGAACUCUGGUGUCUAUGAGUGCCGCGCUUACAAUAAAUAUGGCGAGGACGUCACCCGUGCCACGCUAAAGUGCGCAUCCAAGGCCAGUCUGAUCUUGGACUCCCAGCUGCCACGUGGCAUGGAAGGUGGCCUGGAGAAGAUUGCCAAUCUGGAGUACAGCAUGGUACGCACCCGCGAGGAGACCACCGAGGAAACCAGAGGAAAGGCACCUGUGUUUACUGUGCCGCUGGAGAACAUAGACAACCUGCGCGAGGGCGAGAAUGCUCACUUUGAGGCUCGCAUUACGCCUGCUGACGAUCCCAAGCUGAAGGUAGAGUGGUACUGGAACGGCCGUCCACUGAAGGCUGGCUCUCGGUUCCGCACUUUCUGCGAUUUCGGCUUUGUUAUUCUUGAGAUUUCGCCUGUCUAUCCCGAGGAUUCUGGUGAAUACUCGUGCCGUGCCAUCAAUGAGUAUGGAGAGGCUGUGACCACCGCAACAAUGAAGAUCCAGGGCAAGCGUAGCAUUAUUAUGGAAUCACAGCUGCCCAAGGGCAUGGAAGGAACCAUCGAUCGCAUUGCUGAAUUGGAAGGCCUGGGCUCUCGUAGCACAGAGUUUGUGCCCGAAGACGAUACCGGCAAGCCACCUGAGUUUAUUACAACGCCGUUCGACAUGGUCAUCGGAGAGAACUCGCUGGCCCACUUCGAAUGCCGUCUGCAGCCCAUUAACGAUCCGUCCAUGCGCGUGGAUUGGUUCCACAACGGCAAGGCCUUGUGGGCCGGCUCCCGCAUCAAGACCAUCAAUGACUUUGGCUUUGUCAUCCUGGAGAUUGCCGGCUGCUAUCAGCGCGAUACGGGUCUGUAUACCUGCAAGGCGACCAACAAGCACGGCGAGGCCACCGUGUCCUGCAAAUUGCAGGUCAAGGGUCGCCAGGGCAUUGUCAUGGAGCCGCAGCUGCCCUCGAACUUCCGCACUGGCACUGAGAGCUUGCAAAAGCUGGAAGAGAGCAUGCACAAGCGGGAGGAGAUUGUCAUCGACGAGGAGCAACCAAAUCCACCCAAAUUCAUUGAGGACAUCAAGGAUAACUUGGACGUACCCGAAGGUGGACCAAUUCACUUCGACUGCCGCGUCGAGCCCGUCGGUGAUCCAACAAUGCGCAUUGAAUGGUACUACAAUGGACGUGUCAUGGCCACUGGAUCCAGAGUGCAUCAACUGAACGACUUUGGCUUCAUUGCUUUGGAUAUUGACUACAUCUAUGCUAGGGACUCUGGCGAAUAUACUUGCCGAGCCACUAACAAGUGGGGCAGUGCUACCACCACUGCCAAGGUCACCUGCAAGGGCAAGCACAGCAUUGUCUACGACUCACAGCUGCCUGAGGGCAUGACCGCCGAAAAGUUGAAGGAACUGGAACGUGGACGCAUACCAGAGGCGCCCAAGGUUGUCGAAGAGCAGUUUGGACCACCGAAAUUCAUCACACAAAUCGCGUCCUGCACAGCCGAGGAGUCUGAAGCUGUGAGAUUCGAAUGUCAAGUGGAGCCAAAGACCGAUCCCAAUCUGCGUGUCGAGUGGUAUCGCAAUGGCAAGCCUCUGCCCUUGGGUCAUCGCUAUAGAAACGUCUUCGACAUGGGCUUCGUCUCGCUGGACAUUUUGUAUGUGUACAGUGACGACUCUGGUGAAUACGUUUGCCGUGCUGUCAACAAAUACGGCGAAGAUCGAACCAAGGCCACCGUCUCGUGCAAGAAAUUGCCGACGAUUUUGCUGCAAAAUCAGGUGCCACGUGGCAUGAAGCGCUCGGAAACGCUCACCCAAAUGGAGGCCACCAUCAAGAAAUACACCUCCGAGGUACACUUAACCGAGGAUGAUCUAUUCGACCCCGAUCGCAAGCAGCCCCCACGGUUUGUUACGCAGAUCAAGGAGCAGCUCACAUUGACGGAAAUGGCUAAAACCAAGUUUGAGUGCCAGUUGGCGCCUGUGGGCGAUCCGAACAUGAAGGUUGAAUGGUUCUUCAAUGGCAAACCCUUGCUCUACAAGAAUCGCUUCCAGCCCAUUUACGAUUUUGGCUAUGUGGCCAUGAACUUUGGCUGGGUUUAUCCCGAGGACAGCGGUGAAUAUGUUUGCCGUGCUACAAACUUGUAUGGUAUGGACGAGACCCGUGCUAUAAUAAAGGUAUCUGGUAAGCCAGGCAUCGUCUACGACUCCCAGCUGCCUGCCCAUAUGCAGAGCAUUGAUCGCAUUCGCGAAAUGGAAGCUUCCUGGCAAGUUGUACCAGAAGAGGUUGAUCCUGAUGCCAAGCCCAGAACGAAGCCUGUUUUCGUUAGCAAGCUGGAACCACAGACGGUUGAGGAAGGCGAUCCAGCCAGGUUCUGCGUGCGUGUCACAGGAUAUCCACGUCCUCGUGUCAUGUGGCUAAUCAACGGUCACACUGUUGUUCACGGCUCUCGCUACAAGCUGACCAACGAUGGCAUGUUCCAUCUUGAUAUACCCAAGACGCGUCAAUAUGAUACAGGCAAGGUGGAGGUAAUAGCGCGCAAUUCUGUGGGCGAAUCACUUGCUUCGACCGAACUGAAUGUUGUCGCACGCUCCGAUGACUAUCGCAAUGUGCUCAAGAACUCACCACGCCCGUGGUACGAUUACGAACUAGCAGCCUAUCAGAAGGAGCGUCAGGAGAACGAGUUGGAAAAGGUAUUCGAUGAACGUAAGCAAUAUUUGUCCGAACAGAGUGCGCACACCCUGAAGGGCGUUGAGCACCUGAAGCCCAAACAGUACAAGCCCCAAACACCCGACUGGCAGCAGAACGUCAAGGCCAAGAAGAGCGAGGAGUACUACAACAAGCUGCAGGAGCUGGAAACCGAGCAACUGCUCAAGGAGACCACGCUGCGCAGAGACAACCAUCAAUAUGCCAUUCCCGGUGAGAAGGUUGUGAGCAGCUCAGCUGCCAAGGGCAUGGCACAGUCUUACGAGGAGAAUCUUCAAGAGCAAACGAGCACCACCCAAAUCAAGGCCGCACCACCAAAGGGUACAGCGCAGCCCUCCGAGUCGUCGGUGCAUGGACGCGAGGUGCACAUGAACAAACAGCAACAAGUGCAGAAGGAGAUCCAAGGUGACUUGGAGAUUACACGUAAGAUCACUGCCACCGAAACUACCGAAGUGGAGCACAAGGGCACCAUUCAAGAGCGCGUUGUAAAGGGCCCCGUCAAGCCCUCUAAGGCACCUGUCUUCACCAAAAAGAUUCAGCCAUGCCGCGUCUUUGAGAAUGAGCAGGCCAAAUUCGAGGUGGAGUUCGAGGGCGAGCCAAUGCCAACGGUGAAAUGGUUCCGUGAAAACUUCCCCAUCCAGAACUCACCUGACCUCCAGAUCCACACGUUUAGCGGCAAAUCCAUAUUGAUCAUACGCCAGGUCUUCAUUGAGGACUCAGCUGUAUUUACCUGUGUGGCAGAGAAUCGUGGCGGAACUGCCAAGUGCAGUGCCAAUUUGGUUGUGGAGGAGCGAAGACGCGCCGGCAAGGGCGGCAUACAACCACCAAGCUUUGUGUCCACCAUCCAGAGCACCACCGUGUCCACUGGCCAGCUGGCACGCUUCGAUGCCAAGGUAACCGGCACACGCCCCAUGGAUGUUUAUUGGCUGAAGAACGGCAUGAAGGUUCAGCCCAGCAUCAAGUUCAAGAUGCUGGAAGAGGACAACAUUCACACCUUGCUGAUCAUUGAACCAUUCGCUGAGGACUCUGGCCGCUAUGAGUGCGUGGCUGUCAACGCCGCUGGCGAGGCACGUUGCGAUGGCGAUUGCAUUGUUCAAUCUCCCACCAAGCCGGAGAAGCCAACAACGCCCGGUAGCGAGAAGGCGCCACACAUUGUGGAGCAGCUGAAGAGCCAGUCCGUUGAGGAGGGCAGAAAAGUGAUCUUCCGUUGCCGUGUGGACGGCAAGCCCACGCCCACAGCACGCUGGAUGCGUGGCGAGAACUUUGUGAAGCCAUCUCGCUACUUCCAAAUGACGCGUCAAGGCGAAUACUAUCAGCUGAUCAUCUCGGAGGCAUUCCCCGAGGAUGAGGGCACCUACAAGUGCGUCGCCGAGAACAAGCUAGGCAGCAUUCAGACCAGUGCACAGCUCAAAGUGCGUCCAAUCGAGAAUCUCGAUGCUCCACCAACCAUCACAGCGCUCAAAGACGUCUCUGUCACCGAGGGCAUGCCAGCUCAGUUCAAAACCACUGUCACCGGCAAAGUAAAAGCAACCAGUGUGCAGUGGUUCCGCGAGGGACAGCUGAUACCGGAAACACCUGAUUUCCAGAUGAUCUUUGAUGGCAACAGUGCCGUGCUUUUGAUUGGCACCACCUACGAGGAGGAUUCGGGCAUCUUUACUGUGCGCGUGACAUCGUCAACUGGACAGGUCGAGUCAUCAGCCAAACUGACUGUUAAAAGUAAGGAUUAAACUAAAAACUAAGCAAAACCAAAACCAGAGUUCGUAAACAACAAGAAAACAAAACGUAAGCGAACAGUGUUCGAAAAGUCCAAAGAAUGCUCAAAAAAGAAAAACAAACACACACACACAACGACCAAA